GAGAAAGACGGGGCUGAGUGAGGCCAACAUUUGAGAAUAUCGUUUUGCGAAGGGCUCAGCACAAAUACGCCAACGGUAGAACACUCUGUUGCAAUGGCGAUGGAUGCUGGAUCAUCGUCCUCCCUAGAAAAUCAAUCAUCGCUUUCCAAUCACCAUGAAUCUUCUCUAGGAAAACCUCAAGCAUUGGAAGACUUGGCCAAGUCUUGGGCCGGCUACGCUGCCCAACAGGCGAUGCUAUACCAGCUCGCUAUCAACCACUCCUUGGAGUCUGCCGUUGAAGCCUCCAAAUCUCGCCUUUCUCAGAUUCGUUCCACCUCCUAUCCUCAUUUCCAGAAGGCUAUUGAUUCAUUUCAAGAUGUGAAGUCAGAGGUUGCUGAUUUUGAGAAUUUAUUCUUUGGAAAAGUUAGAGAUGGCAUUCUUGUCGCUGCAUCACAUCCGCUGAUCAGUUGUGGAGUUGCAACUGGCAUGGGUUUGUUAGUCUUUAAAAAGCCCAGAAAUUUCUUAUACUACAAAACCGUUCGACUUUUCGUGAAUGAAGAGGCCUUACUGUCCAAAGCUGAUGCUAGAGUAAAAGAGCUGCGACAAUCAAUUGAUCGGAUAAAGGUUGAAAGUGAGAGACUGGAGAAAAGAACCCUUCAAGCACAAGAGGAAUUGAUACGAGGAAGAACAAAACUCAGGCAAGCAGGAAAACAGAUCGAAGGUGUGAUUCAGUCAGCUCAUAAAAUUGAAAGGAAGGCAAGAGGUUUAAAAGAUAUUCUUGCGGAUCUUCCGACAAGGGAAGCUUCACGAUUUAGGACUCAGGUUUCUAACCUUGCUUCUGAGGCAAAGAAGGAAAGAAUUGGCUUGAGCAAGGAGGUCUCCAAAAUUAGCAACUACGGCAUCUCUGUCUGAUAAAUUCAAAUUUAACACUUGGCUCGGUCUGGUCUGAAACUACCUGCAUAUCCUCUCUCAUCUUUGUUUUUCUUCUUUUUAAACUGUUCGGCCAAAAUAAUUUUUGAAAGCUAUCUAUUGAGUUCUACCAUUGAAAGGUGAAUUUGAUUGUUCAGUAUAAUAAUAUGCAAUACCAAUAGAGUUGGUUCUUUUGAUAGAACUUAAUCUUAAA